GGUGGUGGUUGUGGUGGUUUUUAGAUUGAAUUCAAUUUAAGAGGUAAAUUUAAAAUCAAAAUCGGAUUUGAACCUGAAAUUGAAAUGGUUAUUGUUUGUUGAUGGUUAUUUUUGCUUAGAAUUUCAGUCUGAUUGCACAGCUAUUUAUAGCAAUGGGGAAUUGUCCAUUAAUGUAUGUAGUGAGCUCAUUUGCAAGGUUUGAUGACAAAUGUCAAAUGAAUAUUAAGAACAUGGUGACUAAGGCUUUGAAUUUCAGAUUAGUGUCCAUGAAUUGCUGAAUCACUUUGAGAAUAAAAAUGGAGAUGACAAAUGGAAAGUUGAGUUUGACUUUCAUGGUAAAGAGAUACGUGAAGGAAAAGAAGAAGGUGAAGAAACUGAUUUUUGGUUUCUUGGGUGAAAUAAGGGUAUUUUAGGAAUUUAAUAAAUUUUAGAAUUUAAUUUACUUAUUUUGGGCAUUAAUCUGAAAAUAAAAUAAUUUCCUUGAGUAAAGUUAAUUUUCAAAAUAACUCUUUUAAGUGCUAAUAAAUUUAACUUUCGAAUAAAAUUUGUCGUUAAUAAAAACGUUAAGUUGUUUAAAAUAUAAAAUAUAACUAACCUCGUAAAUAUGAAUUUAAAUUUUAAAACCUGAAAGAUAAUAUAUCGUGUAUUAAAAUUCAAAUAAAAUUUCGUUAAUCAAAAUGAAGUUCGAAAUUAGAAUUUAAAACGGUUUUAAGCUAAAUAAAAAUAAUUAAGCCUAAUUAAUCGAGUUUUAAAAAUUCGGGGUAUUACAUUUUGAAAGAGUUAACAUCGAGUGAUGAUCCAGAUAUGUGUCUUAUGGCUUGUAAAAUGAAGGAAAGGUAUGAGAAAUAUUGGGGUGAUCCUGAAAAAAUUAACUUGAUGAUUUUUGUUGCUGUUGUCCUUGAUCCUCGAUAUAAAUUUGAUUAUGUCGAGUGGAUGUUGACUGAAAUUUAUGAUGUUAUUACUGCAUCUAUUUUGGCAAGAAAUGUGAAAGAUAUAUUGAGUGCUUUAUUUGAGGAAUACCGUAUUUUGCCUCAAACUGAUGUUGUUAUGGAGGAAGUAUCAUCAACUAAGGAUGAUACACAGUCAACUACGUACCUCACAUAAGAAGGUUGAGGUUUUGAAAAGUAAGUAUAAGAAGCAUAAAUGUGAGCUUAGUGGAGAGGCAAAAAUUAAGUUAGAUAAGUAUUUGGAGGAGGAUACGGAAGAGGACGAUGAUGAAUUUGAUAUUUUGGGGUGGUGGAAGUUCAAUAGUGCAAGGUUUCCUACUAUGGGAAGAAUGUCUCGUGAUGUGCUUGCUGUCCCAAUAUCAACCGUGGCCUCCGAGAGUGCAUUUAGCACCGAGGGAAGAGUUCUUGACAAUUUUAGAAGCUCUUUAAGUCCGGUGGUCGUUCAAGGUCUUGUUUGUAAUCAAAAUUGGUUACGUGCUGGUCCAUUCCAAGGUGUUGAAGAGUGUUUGGAGGAAGUGGAGCUUCUUGAAGAAGACUUAAAUAAAAUGUUCAUAAACGAUGUUGUCCAUCAUGAAACGAUUGAGAUCGACGAGUAGGAGGCUGUUUGGUGUUACUGACCUGCUGCUGCUUGGUGUUUGAUAUGCUGUUGACCUGCCUGCUUGGUGUUUGAUGUGCUGCUGACCUGCUGUUGGUGUUUGAUAUGCUGCUGACCUGCUGUUGGUGUUUGAUAUGCUGCUGCUUGAUAUGUUGUUGUUGUUGCUGCUGCUGCAAUCUCUUGUUAUGAAUUGAAAUUUUAUUAAAUUUCAGACUUUUCAUUUGGUGUUUUGAUGUAUUUCAGUCAUUCAGUCUUUUCCUUUGGCAUUUUGAUGUAAUUCAGUAAUUCAGGUUUAAGUUUCAGUUUUUUAGGCUUUUCUGUUUGGUAUUUU